GUCCCACUCUAUACACUGGCAAGCCAUCUCAUAGGCCGACGUCAUGGGGCCGUGCGCUUGUUCGAUGGCCGCGAAGUGCUGCGCAUUGACGUGCUCGAUCUCCUCAGCCGUGCACGGGCGGAAGGUACCCACUCGCAUGCCCUUUGGGAAGCGGGUCGUCUCUCCGUGAGGACACGCAGGGCGACCGUGCCGUCUGCUUGGACGCGGGCGAUCCCUGCCUUGGGCAGCAGGAAGAGUGGGUGCCGACGCAUCUCGUCAGGAUAAAAGUAGCCAAGCGUCCCUGGACGGAGGCACUCUGCCUGCCGGCCGCCCUUCCCCUUGGUCGGCUUGGUGAGAGAGAAGGGGAUGUCCAGCCACCCUGGCCCGUCCACCACUAGGGCCUCCUUGAAGCGCACCGGGUAGCUGUCGAGUGUGGCUCCAUCCCAUGGUGCCGGCUGAGGUGUCUCCCCUGUCGCCAUGUGUGCGUGGGGUGGUGGGUCGAUCCGCAGGGGCGGCACGCCUGUCGGCCGGGCGGAAGGGAUGCUCCUCUGCCCGCCCGACUCAUCAUCUACACCAUCACAACUCCUCACUCCAUCAUGGGGCGCCUUCGCCCCGCCCUCGCAGGCCUCGCGGAAGAGGCCUGCCAUGCCAUCCACCACACUAGUCGCCCUGUCGCCCAUGCUGUCGGGCCAGAUGUCGGCUGCAGUCACCAAUGUCAAGGUAUCCGUCUGUCGAUCGCUCGAGGUGGUGGGGUAGUCGUCCAGCAGCGCGUCGAUGUCGUCUGUGUGUGCGUGGGGCCGCAGACAUUCUCGGUAUUCUGGAUGCGUUGCCGAGCCAUAGACGACUUCUUCGCGUGCCCAAGCAGGUCCAUGCCGAAGAUGACCGGGUGGUGCAGGUCUCGCACGACUCGGAAAGGCCAGCGUGACGUCUUGCGGCCCACAGACACGUCCGUCCAGAAACACCAACCCGACCACCUCGAGCGCUUUGUUGGUCUGUCCCUCCGGCCGUAUCAGCUGCCGAAGCGGUUGGAACCUCUCGAUGAGCUCGGCGCGCUUGGACGGAUGACGCAGGACGAUGUCGCGUAGGAAUGGCAUGCUGACGCAUGUGAUGCCUGCGCCCGUGCCGUCCAGGACGGCCAGCCCAGCUCCCCACUUGUUGCUCGAUGUGGCUGCCUCCAUUGCCUCGACAGCAGAACGAUGGGCGAUGGAUGCGGCCAUCUCGCGCAUGGCGUCCGUCAGCAUGUCGAUGUUGUCGGAUAGCCGCGGAUCGUCUCGCACUCCAAGAUGCUCUAGUCGAUGCCUCCGACCCGCUGUCGAGCCUGGCCGCCGUGGUGAUGCGGGCGGCUCGAUCGUCGUACAACUCGAGGAAGCGCCUCCUCGCUUAUCCAUCGCCCCUCCCAGCUAUAGGAUAAAUUCCUCCUCACACUAAGGGGGCGGUGUGUCAGUCGGCGAUGGGAUGAGGUCGAGGGAUCCUGCUUCUCCUUGGUUGUCUCGUCGAAGACGGUCCCCCAUCGCGCUUGGAAAAGAGGAGAGGGCCUAGGCGGUGCAAACUGGCAAGAGAAAACAGAAACCGACAAAAAAGGC